AUGCUUUUCUCAGCACUUUUUGCCACAGCGGCUCUCGCACCCAGCUUCGCUCUGGCUGCACCGCUUUCUGUGGAGCCAAGGGCGACUACGAAGAUAUUGAUAUCUUCCGAUAGCACGACCGCCAACUAUGCCACUGGAAAUGCUUUGCAAGGAUGGGGCUAUUAUCUGAACACUUACACGACACUGGACGUCCGUAACUUGGCCAGAAACGGGCGCUCCACUCGGAGUUUCAUCAACGAAGGCUUGUGGUCGUCUCUGUUGGCCUCGACAGCUCAAGGCGACUAUGUGCUGAUAGAAAUGGGCCACAAUGACGACGGCGACCCGACGGCUGUUGGAACGACGGCCGCGGACCGUGCCACGCUGCCAGGCAUAGGCGAAGAAACCAAAGUCGUCACCACGAGCACCGGCGCCAAAGAGACUGUCCACACGUUUGGCUGGUACCUGCGCGAGAUGAUUGCAGAUGUCAAGGCCAAGGGCGCCACGCCCAUCAUCUCCGGCAUGGUCAACAGGAACUACUGGAAUGGUAACACGUUGCGCACCGACUGGCCGUUUGCGACGUAUGCUCAGCAGGUGGCCAAGGCCGCGGGUGUCGAGUACCUCGAUCACACAAAGUACUCCGUCGCGCUCUUCCAGUCCUUCGGCCCGACAAAGGCCAAGACGUAUUUCCCCAACGACAACACCCACACCAACUGGGACGGCGCAAAGCUGAACACGCAGACAUUUGUGCGGAGUGUAAAGUGCAAGUGUGGUGGUACAAGCAAGCUGGCCCAAUAUCUCAAUGCUGCUGCCAAUGCUCUUCAGACACCGGCAUGCCAAGCUUGCUAG